AUGUUCUUCUGGGACAGCAGCGGCGACACAGAUGACGAAGACGAUGAUCCACUUUGCAGUUGUCAGGGUAUCAAUCUCACCAGUUGCCGCUACGACAGUGUGCGGCGUGCUGCUCAGAAACUGGGCAUUAAAGAGGUGAAGGCGGAUGAAGACUGGACACUGUUUUGGAGCGACGCCCGCCCCUGUGAGGACAAAUUUAAGGAAAUGAAACCAUACCAGAAAAUCAACCAUUUACCCUCAAUGACUGAAAUCUGCCACAAAAAUUCCCUAGCAACUAACUGGAAGCACAUGCUCAAGUUUUUCCCCAAAGACUACAACAUUUUCCCCAGAACAUGGACCUUUCCCAUAGAAUAUGGCCUGUUUAAAACAUAUGCCAGGGACAAAGACAAGUGUUACAUUUGCAAACCCAACGCGGGCAGCCAAGGCAAAGGUAUCUCCAUCUUUACGUCGUGGGAAAAAGUGCAGCCUGAGCAGGAUAUCAUCUGUCAGGAAUACAUUGACAAGCCUUUGCUGAUAGACGGCUUCAAGUUUGACCUGCGCAUCUAUGUGCUGGUGACCUCGUGUUACCCGUGGAGGAUCUACAUGUACACGGAGGGGCUGGCUCGCUUCUGCACUGCAAAGUACGAAGACCCGACGGAUGAAAAUGUGAAUAACAAGUGCAUGCAUCUCACCAACUUCAGCAUCAACAAAGACAACGACAACUUCAUUUAUGAUGAGAAGACAGGCAGCAAACGGAGGUUGUCCACCCUGAAGAAGCAGCUGAAGUCCAACUACAGCAACACAGAGAAGAUCUGGAGCAACAUCGAGGACGGCAUCGUGAAGACGCUGGUCCUGGCUCACUCCCGCAUCCAGCACGGCUACGUCACUCACUUCUCCAAACACGUGGUCGGGAGUGCCUGCUUCCAGGUCCUGGGCUUUGACGUGCUGCUGGACGAGCACUACAGACCCUGGGUGCUUGAGGUCAAUCAUUCACCAGAUUUGUCCACACUGCUGCCUCUUGACCGUGAAGUCAAGGACGCCUUGCUUUACGACACCCUGGUUCUCAUCAACCUGGCUCCCUUUGACAGGUGCAAGAUGAUAAAGGAGGAGAAACGCCGAGUGGAGGAGCGCCUGAAACAAAAUGUGCGCGCAGAGGAGAGGCAGGAGAGCGAGCAGAGGCAGCGGGCGGCCAUGGUGGAGAAGAUGGAGUGCUAUGAGGACGACCACCUGGGGGGCUUUAAAAGGAUCUAUCCCAGCGAGGGCAAAGAGAAAUACGACAAGUACUUAAAAGUGGAGGACAGGCUGUACAAGAGCAAGAGCAGUGAUGUUGGCGGACAUCUGGAAAAUGGACGUUGCUAAACUCUGGAUGUAAACUGCAAACCGCAGUGUUUGAAGAAGAUAUCCACUUGACUUUUUGCAGCAGGUGAUUCAAGAUGCCUCAGCCUCAUCUGUGCAUGAGUGCCAAAGUAUCCAUCGUAUUCUGACC